AUUGUGAACAAAGCCAGGAAUAAAAUAGAAAAAAUUUCAUUCUGCGAUAAGUGUCGAGUUGAUAUAGUUGUCAAAUGUAAUGAAAUUUUAAUAAUAAAUAAAUUAAAUAAUUAUUUUUUAAAUAAAUAAUAAGAGUGAGUUGAAAAAAAAACAUCAAGAUGAAGAGCUGUGGAAUGAGUACAAUCAAAUAUUUAUUAUUUGGAUUUAAUCUAGUUUUUUCGCUUUCUGGACUUGCAGUUUUGAUUGCUGGAAUGAUUGUUUUAGCAGAUGUCGAUGAAUUUAGUCAUUUUGUAGAAGGAAGUAUUUUCACAACAUCAUUUGUUUUAAUCAUUGUUGGUGUUAUUAUAUUUAUUGUUGCAUUUCUUGGAUGUUUUGGUGCAAUUAAAGAACAUUAUAUUCUUUUAAUUGUUUUUGCAGGAAUAUUAGCUGUUAUAUUUGUCAUUGAAAUGACUGUUGGUAUAACAGCAGCAGUUUAUAAAGGUGAUUUUAGUGAUGUAUUAAAAAAUGGAUUAAAAAAAUCAAUGAAAAAUUAUUCAAAUAAUGAAGCUGACAAAAUUGCAUGGGACAAUGUACAGAUUAAGCUUGAUUGUUGUGGUGUUGAAAAAGCCGAUGAAUGGAUUGGAAUUGGUGUUUUACCAGGUGGUCAAUUACCACCUUCGUGUUGUAAAGAAAAAUCAAAUAUUCAAUGUCUACUUGGUGAUUCUACACAACGUCAAAAUGGUUGUUACACAAAACUUGUUGAUAAAAUCAAAGGAAAUGCAAAUGUAAUAAUUUAUUUAGGUAUUAUAAUAUUAAUUGCUGGAAUUGUUUUAGCUUGUUCUCUUGCAAUGGCAAUUAAAAAUGACAGAAAAGAUGAAGAGUAA